AUUUGGGGAGGGCAAAUGGGAAACUUUUUUUGUCUGCUCCUUCCAGCAGACACAUUCCAUCGGCUCCUUUAAGAAGAAAACAGAGUAUAGGGAUCCCAACUCAUGAGAUCCUUGAGGAUCUACAGAGAGGAGAUCCACUUUUCGGACUCCAGGACCUGGGAAAACAUGGCCCUUCUUUGUGUAGGGGGGGCGCUCAGAGCCCCGGCCACCCCCAGAAUCUGCAUAGGGCGCCUUUAUUAGGACUAUUGAAGGAUCAUCAGCCAAGCGGGAUCGCAGCUUUCUCCAUGAUCUGUCCUGGAAGAGGUGACCCCGGGGAGCCUGGAGUGUCUAAAGGAGUGAAAGGGGACACUUUCCGAAGUGUGAAUUAAAGUGCGAAGCCAGAUUGGGGCUGGGAGAGGAGGGAAGGAGGGGAGUCUGCCAUCCCAGAGCCUGGAUCACAUUACAUUCUUCCACUCCUCUCCUGCAAGUUUUCUGGGAGAGAAAAGUCCCCUGUUGUCUGCCAUUGCAUGCCUGGACUUUCCUCUGGAUGCCGAGUACUUGGAGGAACUGUGAUGGAGGGAAGAACAUUGUCCCCAUCACAUUGAGACACAGCUGUGUGCAGUUUGGGGCCAUUCCUGCUUUGUGUUGUUCUGGAGGAUAGUCUUCCUGCCCCCCCCCCCCUCCCCAACUACCCCACCCCCAUUCCCCUCCUAAACAUGUCCUCCUCCAUGGGGCUCAGAAUCUCCUGGAUGGUGCUGAUCAGCUUCUUUAUGUUUGUUUCUGGAGAGAUUCGCUUCAAUGAAUCCCUGUACAUGGAUAGGUGCAAGAAGAGCACCACUUGUGAAUCCCUCAAAUACAACAUCUGCCUGGGAUCUUCUCUGCCCUAUGCCUUCACCUCUGUUGCCCUGGCUGAGGACUCCUUUACCCAAGAAGAAGUUCAUGACAAGCUCCUGCUGUGGUCAGGUUUACGGAAUGCUCCGCGCUGCUGGGAGGCCAUACAACCGCUCCUAUGUGCUGUGUACAUGCCAAAGUGUGAAGGGGGCAAAGUAGAACUUCCAAGUCAAAGUCUCUGUCAGGCUACGCGUAGGCCCUGCGCCAUUGUAGAGCGUGAGAGGGGCUGGCCAGACUUUCUAAAGUGCACCACAGAUCGAUUUCCAGAUGGCUGUCAGAAUGAGGUGCAAAACAUCAAGUUUAACAGCUCCGGGCAAUGUGAGGCUCCCUUGGUCCGCACAGAUAAUCCUAAGAGCUGGUACGAGGAUGUGGAAGGUUGUGGCAUUCAGUGUGAGAAUCCGCUAUUUACCAAGAAAGAGCACCGAGAAAUGCAUGUCUUCAUUGCCAUAUUCAGUUCAGUCACCAUAUUUUGUACAUUUUUCACACUGGCCACAUUUCUAUCAGAUUGGAAAAACUCUAACCGAUACCCUGCUGUGAUUCUUUUUUAUGUCAAUGCCUGCUUUUUCAUGGGAAGCAUUGGGUGGCUUGCUCAGUUUAUGGAUGGUGCCCGUAAUGAAAUUGUUUGCCGGGGAGAUGGUACCAUGAGACUUGGAGAGCCCACAUCAGAUGAAACUCUCUCAUGUGUGAUUAUAUUUAUCAUUGUUUACUACUCCAUGAUGUCAGGAGUGAUCUGGUUUGUUAUGCUGACAUAUGCUUGGCAUACCUCCUUUAAAGCCCUGGGUACCACUUACCAACCCCUCUCCGGCAAGACUUCGUACUUCCACCUGGUCACGUGGUCUAUUCCAUUUGUCCUCACGGUGGCCAUCCUUGCAGUGGCUCAGGUUGAUGGAGACUCUGUGAGUGGGAUCUGCUUUGUGGGAUACAAGAACUACCGCUACAGAGCCGGCUUUGUCUUGGCUCCAAUUGGAAUUGUACUAGUUGUUGGAGGUUAUUUUUUAAUCAGAGGCGUAAUGACAUUAUUUUCUAUCAAAAGCAAUCAUCCUGGACUCCUGAGUGAGAAAGCAGCCAGUAAAAUUAAUGAGACCAUGCUGAGGCUAGGAAUUUUUGGAUUCUUAGCCUUUGGAUUUGUACUUCUCACCUUCACCUGUCAUUUCUAUGACUUCUUUAACCAGGCAGAGUGGGAGAGAAGUUUCCGUGAAUAUGUCUUGUGCGAAGCCAAUGUGACUAUUGCAACUCAAACUAAUAAGCCAAUUCCAGAGUGUGAAAUAAAGAACAGGCCCAGUCUCCUGGUAGAAAAGAUUAACCUCUUUGCCAUGUUUGGCACUGGCAUAGUCAUGAGUACAUGGGUUUGGACCAAAGCAACCAUUAUCAUCUGGAAGAGAGCCUGGUGCAGAAUUUUAGGUCGCAGUGAUGAUGAACCAAAGAGAAUCAAGAAAAGUAAAAUGAUUGCAAAGGCAUUUUCCAAGAGGAAAGAGUUGCUUAAUAAUCCCGAAAAGGAACUGUCCUUCAGUCUCCAUACAGUUUCCCAUGAAGGACCAGUUGCGGGCCUUAACUUUGACAUUAAUGAGCCAUCAGCUGACAUGUCCUCGGCAUGGGCACAGCAUGUCACAAAGAUGGUUGCCAGGAGAGGAGCCAUUUUGCCUCAAGAUGUUUCUGUAACUCCGGUGGCAACUCCAGUGCCUCCUGAAGAGAGGGAGAACUAUUGGCUGGUAGAUGCUGAUAAUCCUUAUGGGCUGGAGAAAAAAUCUAAGAAAAAGAGAAAGAGAAAGAAGAAAGAGGUCAGACCAUUAAAUGAAAGUAAAGGAAUUGAAAAGUAUAAUAAAAGAGCUUCAACAGCAGUACCUCGUCUCCCAAAGCUGCCUGUUAAGCCUGGUCUAGUGACCAGAACAGUGAAACCUCAGGAAUUUGAAGAGGCUCCUCCAGGAUCCUAUAGAGAAUAUAGGAGAUGGCCACCUUUUAAUGAAGGGUUAUAUCAUGCGGAGGAUAUGGAUGACCAUCUUGGAUACAAACCAUACACUCAUGCCAGUUUUAUUUCUCAUCCUUUCUCCACUGAUGAGCUUCCUAUAGCUCAACAUAGUGGUGUUCAAUGUAUCCCUCAUCCAAGGCGUGAUGGUGUAUUCCAGUACUCAAAUGGGAAUCUGCCAUCAUAUUCCACAAGACAUGGUCCCUGCAAUGACAGGACUCAAACUAGAAGAUCAGAGAUUCCCCCCAUGCAUUCCAGAGCAAACCUCAUGGAUGCCGAACUCAUGGACACAGAUUCUGAUUUUUAACUCUACAACAGACACUUGAACUACACCCUCGGAGUUAAUAGAAUGCAUUUAACAGACACAAUCCAGGUCUUCUGGAUUCCUUUUGCAUUGAAUAACAAAGGUUCUUAAAAUGGAGACCAUUACAGAGCCCUGGAAUCUGGGUGAAUGGAUAUGUGCAGAAGAUGGUGGGAUUUAUUUGGAAUGAUUCAAAAUGACACCAACAGAUGGAUAAAAAAUGAGACAAAAAGAAUUAGAUUUAUUGUUCAUUCGCAAUACAACUAUGCAAUGCAGAGUUUCCAUAUUAGCCUUUUUGCUUUAUUUGAUGGGAGUUAUUCUGCUGGCUAUGUAUUGUGUAUAUGGCAACUAAUUAGAGUUCUCUGUGAAGAUGACCUACAUACAUGGAAAUGUAUACCUGGGCCAAGCUACAUUUUGUCUGAUCCGUUGUCUUACGGUACUAUUUGAAAGAUGAACACACAACGCAAUACUUUGUAUAAAUCUUUAGCAAUGUGCCUUACAUAGCUGGCUGUUGAGGCUGGCUUUCACGGUUUUAUUAAACCUUAAUGCCUCGUACACAUGACUGGUUUUCCCGACGAGAAAACUGCCAUUUUUUAGAUUGGUCG